AUUCAAUCACCCUUCUCGUAGUGGUCGCAGUACCCGCUUCCGACCAUUCGCUACAAUGUCAACGAAACGAUCUGCUCCAAUCUCUCCAGCGAGCGUCAAAAAGGUCAAAGUCGACGAUGACCCCAAGACACCACGCGACGGGUCGAAGGAAUUGACAAAGGGUGCCAAGUGGAUGGUCGCCCAGGUUGAAAAGAUGCAGGAGUAUCAUACGGCCUGUCUCAAGGUCGUCACGGUCAUCAUUCAGUAUCGUACCUACGCUCGACAAAUGCGGAUGAAAAACCCUCAGAUUCCACCUGGACUGAUGCAACAGCUUCAAAGCUAUUGGGAAUCAUACGAGGCUAUCAAGAGACAUGUCGAGUGGUAUAUGACGCAAAAUGCUCUACACGCCUCAACUCCAUCUCGACCUCCCCCUAUCACCUCAUCCCCCAUCGCGCCAAUCGUCCCUCCGCUAUCUGCCAUACAAACAGAAGUUCCGAAAUCAUCUCCUAUACCUCUAUCUACCGCAUCUAUGCUAGCCUACGACAAUCAAUCGAUAGAAGCUCCAUCUGUCGCUCCUCCUAAUCUUCCCACCGUACCGGCUGUACCCUCGGUUCCUGCUCCGAAACCGAUACCUGCGUUUGCCCAAGAUCUUGGCGGCAUGUCUGGUACCUCUACGACGGAUCAGCUGGAUCUCUCUUCCCUUGGAAUGGAAGAACUAUCUGCGCUACUCAACGACAACAAUGCAAAUCCCUUCGGCGACGGAUCGAGCUCUGAUUUUCUCGCGGGGAUGUUUGAUGACUCCAAUUCCGCAGAGACGGACAAAUUACUCGCAUCGCUCUCACAGCCAGCUGGCGAUGGGCAAGCGACACAGGCGGAUGCUCAAACAUUCGAUUUUGACUUUGGUACGGAGCAAGCAGAUAUGGCAGAGCUUGCUGGAUUAUUUGGUACCGAAACGAAACAAGACGCGGAAGUAAAGGAAACGGCGCCAGUAGCGCCGGUAGCAGAUGUCCAACAGACAGGAGGCCCUAAGGGCCAUGUCAAGCGACCCUCUAUCGGCGUCGGCAGUACACCAAAUAUACCUCCUGAAACGCCUCAGAUCCCAUCUGUCGAAGUGCCCGCCCCCACUGCAGAGACCAAACCAGAUCCGCCUUCGGCUCAGGUGCAGGAAGCAUCCGAGAAUCCUGAGCCGACUUUCGGCGAAGAGCAAGACUACGACUUGUCCAAUAUCGAUCUGGAAGACUUCAACUUUGGGGAUGGAUCCAUGCCCAACGUUGAGGGUGACGAAUUUGAGAGCUUGUUUGCAGAGUUCAAGUAGAGCGGCAU